AUGGAAUUUGGUCGGUAUCACGGCAAAGGUGUGCUGAAUCUUCCUGACGGCAAUCGAUACGAAGGAGAGUUCCAAAACGGCGAAUUUCAUGGUCACGGGACACUGUUCUUUCCGGAAGGAAAGCUAGAAGGAGAAUGGGCCUGCGGAAAGCAAAUUGAAGGCACCUUCACCUUCUCGGAUGGGCUGGAAUACGCACCAACCGGCUGGACAUACUGCACAGACGCCAACCGACAAUACUACUCCGAGUCGGUAUCUCCUCGAGGCAUCUUACCAGCAGGCGAGCUCAACUACUUCGACACUGGCGUCCAGCGCGUGGUGCCGCUCGGAUCGUUCGACGCAGGAAACGGCAUCUACACGCCUUCAACCGGCCUGGUAUCGGCCUAUGACGACCCGUCCAAGACACGGGAACCCACUGAAGAAGAAAAGGAGUGGAUCAUGAAGCGCGCACCGAAGGCGACAACCAAAGACAUGUCCAUCAAUUGA